UGAAGCUGCUUCAACAGGAGGUGGAGGCCAUCAAUGGCUCUGCUGAUAAAGCAGUGGAGGACAGUGAGAAGAUGUUCACUGAGCUGAUCCGUCUCAUCCAGAAAAGAAGCUCUGAUGUGAAGCAGCAGGUCAGAUCCCAGCAGGAAACUGAAGUGAGUCGAGUCAAAGAGCUUCAGGAGAAGCUGGAGCAGGAGAUCGCUGAGCUGAAGAGGAAAGACGGCGAGCUGGAGCAGCUCUCACACACAGAGGAUCACAACCAGUUUCUACACAACUACCCCUCACUGUCAGCACUCAGUGAGUCUACACACUCAUCCAGCAUCAAUAUUCGUCCUCUGAGCUACUUUGAGGAUGUGACAGCAGCUGUGUCAGAGACCAGAGAUAAACUACAGGACAUUCUGAGAGAGGAAUGGACAAACAUCUCACUGACAGUCACUGAAGUGGAUGUUUUACUGUCACCACCAGAGCCAAAGACCAGAGCUGGAUUCUUAAAAUAUACACAUGAAAUCACACUGGAUCCAAACACAGCACACAAAUAUCUGUUAUUAUCUGAGGGGAACAGAAAAGCAACAUUUAUGUUCCAACAACAGUCUUAUUCUGAUCAUCCAGACAGAUUCACCUUUUAUGAUCAAGUCCUGAGUAGAGAGAGUCUGACUGGACGUUGUUACUGGGAGGUGGAGUGGAGAGGUAGAGGAAUAGAAGUAGCAGUCUCAUACAAGAAUAUCAGAAGAGUAGGAAAGUCAUCUGAGUGUAUAUUUGGAUACAAUAACAAAUCUUGGGCAUUACUUUGUGAAAACAACAGUUAUUCAUUUUUUCACAAGAAAGUAAGAACUGUCCUCUCAGGUCCUCGGUCCUCCAGAGUAGGAGUGUACCUGGAUCACAGAGCAGGUAUUCUGUCUUUCUACAGCAUCUCUGAAACCAUGACUCUCCUCCACAGAGUCCAGACCACAUUCACUCAGCCGCUCUAUGCUGGACUUUGGCUUUAUUUUUCAGCUGGAGCCACUGCAGAGUUCAUUAACGUCAGACAGAGAAGACAGGUUCAUGUUGAUCCCUGA